AUGGUUCAGGUUUCAGAGGUCCUCAAGGUGCUGUAUGUCAUAGCUACGGCAACUAUACUCCUCUUCACCAUUGCGUCCUUCGUUUUCAAUUAUGGCCAAAAAUCGUCUCCCAGGUUGCCGGGCUCGGGAGAAACCGCUCUGCGGUUAGUUGGGAAGUCGGUUGUCGCUAUAUCUUACAUCGUCGAAAUAGCUCUUAUUUCUCUCCAUCGCGAUGAAAUCACGGCAGAUCGAUUGGUUGCCGGUGUAUUCUAUGGAUUAGCAUGGUUUGCGCACUUGCGAAAGACUUUCCUCUUUCCCGGGACCCUUGGUCUUACUUCAAUCACACUCGGGUUUGCUAUUCCCAUCCUGGUACUGAAUGCAGUGUAUCAUGGGGCGGCUGCCGAAUACGCGGCAUUAUUGACUAUCGCUUCCAUUCGACUACUCAUUGUUGCAAGUUUUCUCGUCGACUACAUCGCCAGCCGUGAGAAGACAUUUGGACCGGAGGACACCGUGCCACUUAUUAAUGAGGAGAACGGCGAACCUACAACAAGCCAAGCUUCCUACGGCACCGAGUCCGUGUUAUCUCGAUCUGCCAGUGGAGAAGGUUAUUUUUCUAGUGAGGGCGAUGGCGGCUGCGAUUCAGAUGGAGACGAUAGUGAUGAAGAUAGUGGUCGCAGGGACUCUCGGAUAGGCCAGCUUCGCAAGAGGGGGAAUUGGACAACCUACCUCAACAAGUUCAAGGUUUUUCUCCCGUGUUUGAUCCCCAAAAGGGAUUUAAAGGUCCAGGCUUGCCUUUUAACAUGCGUGUUUUGCCUGAUUGCCAACCGUUUGCUGAACAUCUUAGUUCCCCGCCAGCUUGGAAUCGUAACCGACAAGCUUCUCUCACGGCAGUUGCCGUAUGCUGAUCUAUCUAUCUACCUGAUUCUGAGCCUGUUGCAUGACGACUCUGGUGUCGGCCUUAUUGAAGCGCUCUCAAAAAUCCCAGUGGAGCAAUUCUCGUACCGGCAGCUCACAAGCACCGCCUUCAACCACGUCAUGAGUUUGGCAAUGGAGUUCCACUCCGGCAGAGAUUCUGCGGAAAUUAUGAAGGCUAUCGAGCAAGGGGACGCGCUGACCAGGGUCCUUGAGACAGCUAUUUUAGAGAUUCUUCCCACUAUUGUCGACAUGUUUAUUGCCUUUGUCUUCCUGUAUCUUAAAUUUAACCCCUCCGUUGCUAUUUGCAUGCUCUUCUCCUCACUCAUGUUUCUUUCACUUGAAGUGAUAACAUCCGGCUGGAACAUUGACAACCGUCGGCGGAUGACCAAAGCACAGAGGCAGGAGGCUCGGGUCAUGCACCAGGCUGUUCAAGGUUGGCAAACCGUGUCGUUGUUCAGCAUGUUUGACCACGAGAAGUUUAAGUUCGGUUGUGCUGUGGACAGGCAUCUCGUAGCAAAGAAAGACUGGUCAACGCGAGAUGCCUAUAUUAAGGCGCUGACAGAGGCGAUGAUGCCGAUCACAUUUUUCCUCCUUGCGUGUCUUGUCGCCCAUGAAGUCUACGAGGGACGUGCCUCCCCAGGAGACCUUGUCUUUUUGAUUCAGUACUGGGAGUACCUGGUUUGGCCCAUCAAAUUUCUCUCUCACGAAUACCGAUAUCUCAUGUCGGACCUCGUCGAUGCGGAGCGGUUGCUCGACUUGCUCACGACCAAAUCCACCGUUGCAGACAGGGAUGGAGCUCCCGACCUUGGCACAGUUGAGGGCGCAGUAGAGUUUGAACACGUGAACUUUACAUACGAUUCCAAGAGAACUGCGAUCAGGGAUGUAAGUAUCUCCGCUGCACCUGGAGAGACGAUUGCGUUAGUUGGCGCUACUGGGUCGGGAAAAUCAUCGCUCAUGAAGCUUCUGCUCCGGUUUUACGAUGUUACUUCUGGCCACAUCAAGGUCGACGGCCAUGACAUCCGUGAUGUGACUCAAAGAUCGCUGCGAGACGUCAUCGGAGUGGUUCCCCAGAACCCCCUUUUAUUCAAUACAACAAUCAUGGAAAACCUCCGAUAUGCUAAACUUUCUGCUUCUGAUGAAGAGAUUUACAAUGCUUGCCGAGCAGCAGCUAUCCAUGACAAUAUUCUCACGUUCCCGGAGGGCUAUAACACUCAGGUCGGAGAGCUGGGUGUUAAGCUGUCAGGAGGUGAAUUGCAGCGGUUGGCAAUCGCAAGAGUCUUCUUGAAAGAUCCGCCAAUACUAAUCUUAGACGAGGCAACUAGCGCUGUUGACUCCGAGACUGAAUCAGAAAUUCAGGGUGCGUUGAAAAAGUUGAGCAAGAAGAGAACCACUUUUAUCAUUGCCCACCGUUUGUCCACCAUUGUCAUGGCGAACGAGAUACUUGUGUUGCAAGAGGGCAAGGUCAUUGAGAGAGGGACUCAUACUGGACUACUGGAAAGGGGAGAGAGAUACCACACCCUGUGGCAACAUCAAUUCAUUUAUUCGAAGGAGUAG